UCUUAUCUCCCCUGCAGCUUUGAGGCAAGGGCUUCCUGACCCUGUGCAGUGCGUGUGUAUAUAUGUGUGUGUGUGUGUGUGUGCGCGUGUGUGUUCACAUGUAAGGCAGAGACAGGGACAGAGCGGCAGGCAGAGCUAAGAUUGUGCGACCAGAUCUGGAAUGGGAGAGAGAGUCACAGUAGCAGCUGCUCCCUUGCAUUAAGAGGCUCUCACUCUGACAGAGGACAAUCAGAGGGACACCACACACACAGGAUCUCCACUGCUGCCACUGCCCCUCGUUCACAGAGCUGACUAGUACACUGUGAUUUGUACGUUCAAGAGGAUAACUCUGGAUUGAGUGUUGUUUGUGUUUAUGUGUUCCCCGUCCUGUCCGGAGCAAGGAUGAGGAUGAGGGAGCUCUCCCUGCGUCAGGACCCUGACCUGAGGAAGGAGUUGGCUCUGCUGGCACGCGGCUGUGACUUUGUGCUGCCCUCUCGAUUCAAGAAGAGGCUCAGAGCCUUCCAGCAAGGACAGGCCCAGGUGAGGACGGAGGAGCCCGUCACCACAGCGCUGAGUGAAAGCAUUCCAAAGUUUUACUUCCCCCUGGGCCGGCCCCAAGCCAACAUCAACAUCGACAACCUCAUUUCCAAAGUUGAGAAAAUAUUUUCCCAAUUCCCAAAUGAAAGGGCCACCAUUGAGGACAUGGGGCAGGUUGCCAAGGCCUGCGAGUGCCCUCUCUACUGGAAAAUGCCAUUGUUCUGCUUGGCUGGAGGCGACAGGACGGGCUUCGUGUCUGUUCACAAAUUUGUGGCUAUGUGGAGAAAAACUCUGCAGACCCGUCACGACGACGCUUCUAAAUUUGUGCACCUCUUGGCCAAGCCUGGCUGUAAUUACCUGGAACAAGACGACUUUAUUCCAUUCCUGCAGGAUGUUGUGAACACACACGCAGGCCUGGCCUUCCUGAAGGAGGCGCCAGACUUUCACUCAAGAUACAUCACCACGGUGAUUCAGAGGAUAUUCUACAAUGUGAACCGGUCAUGGAAUGGAAAAAUAACAUGUACUGAACUCAGGAAAAGUAACUUUCUUCAGAACGUGGCUUUGCUGGAGCAGGAAGAGGACGUGAACCAGCUGACGGAGUUCUUCUCCUAUGAACAUUUCUAUGUUAUCUACUGUAAGUUCUGGGAGCUGGACACUGACCACGACCUUUACAUUGACCAGAAGGAUCUGGCACAGCACAAUGACCAAGCCAUCUCCCAUAAGAUGAUUGAGAGAAUAUUCUCAGGAACGGUAACAAGGCAAGACAAAAUAGACAGACGGAUGUUUAAGGAAGGGCGACUGAGCUACGCUGAUUUUGUGUGGUUCCUCAUCUCUGAAGAAGACAAGAAGACUGAAACCAGUAUAGAGUACUGGUUCCGCUGUAUGGACCUGGACGGGGAUGGGGUGCUCAGCAUGUACGAGCUGGAGUACUUCUACGAGGAGCAGUGUCAGAAGCUGGAGACCAUGGCCAUCGAGCCCCUUCCCUUCGAGGACUGCCUCUGCCAAAUGCUGGACCUGGUCAAGCCUGAGAUGGAAGGUAAGAUCACGCUGCGGGACCUUAAAAGGUGCAAGUUGUCCCACAUCUUCUUCGACACGUUCUUCAACGUAGAGAAGUACCUGGACCACGAGCAGAAGGACCCGUUCUCCGUGAUCAGGGAGUUGGAGACAGACGGACAGGAGAUGUCAGACUGGGAGAAAUAUGCAGCAGAGGAGUACGACAUCCUGGUGGCUGAAGAGGCCGCCAACGAUCAGUGCAACGACGUGUAUGAAAAUCCUCUGAGCCCUUUAGGGCAGCACAUCUCCACUGACCUGGGUCUGACAAAGAGACACUUCUUUGAGAUCCCAAGUCCACACUGCAACCUCGACCUGGAUGAAUAUGAAUAUGAAGACGACUAUGAAUGACCCGACAUCCUGAAGGGUUUUUUUUGGGUUUUUUUUUUCACACAUCUGCUGAGACACACAAAGUUAUUGGACGAAUCUCCUCAAGCUAGAAAGAUUUGCAGGUUCAGGCCGGUUCCCAUCCUGCAUACCAGGACACACUUCAUUAAACUGGAAGUGACCACAGUGCCAGACCACUCUGUUGGAGCUCUGUUGGGUCAGAUGUGCCGGAGGAAUCUGAUACCGUAUUACACAUUUGGGAAACGGGAGAUGUGACGCGGUUUGAGCACAAUACGGUAUCACACCACAAGAUUUAAUUAGAGUUAUUCCGAUACCAGUACCAGGAUUAACUGCCAAUGAGUCUGCCAUUAUUACACAGAUGUCAUAACCAAUUGGACCCCCAAUAAUGAACUGGUUUCAGGUAAAUUAUCAUGCGACAACCAACAACAGUGGGGGGCUGGCAGAGAAUAUAAAGUUUAAGCUAGAAAAAUGUCAGAAAUCAUGGUUUUACACCAAUUUGUCACUCUGCAUCUGAUGAUAUCCACUCAUGGGUAUCAGAUCGAUAUCAGUUUGACAUGAAUGAUAUCGGAACAUCUCUAUUCUACCUGAUCCCUUUUUUUUUAUAAAGUCCCAAUACCAACUUUAUGACACGAGCAGCUCAUUCAGACCUUUGCUUGAUCGCCAUGGCAACACAUUGAGGGUUGUGGUUUGCAUGUAACGCUUUGUACAGAUGAUGUGUUGUCGAGUGUUUUUUUUUCAUCAGCGCUGUUGUCACACUCACACGGGCUAAAUCGCAUUCUUUGCACACCGGAGCUCGCUGGAUGUUUUGCACAUAAAACACGUAGAUUGGAUUCAGGAUCUUGAACUAAUUCUCAUCUGAUGUCAUUGGCUAAUACAUUCCAGUGAUAACGGAAAACUGUAAAAAAAAAAAAAAAAAAAAUGUAUUCAUAGAUGUUUUGCUGAAAUGAGGAGUUUCUGUAAAUGCCAAACAAGCCAUCUUAAAGCCUGCUGUACACACGAGCACACAGUUCACACUGACACGCUGGGUAUAUUGUACAGGUCUGUAUUCAUUAUGAUGUCCACUUUCUGUCUGUGUGAGGUGGGGUUCUAAAUUAUUAGACAUGGAUUUAUAAAUAAGUGUAAAUAUUUAUUCGGUGCUUGCUGUGUUGUAUAUGGUUUUGGCAAGUGUUUUUAGAAAUAUUGUUUUUCUAUGUUAUGAAGUCAUUUGAAUGUACUUUCACAAAACAAAAGGAACCAAUUUACAAACGCUGUGCUUUUCUUUAAAUUCAUAAUAAAGCCUUGGUUAAUUAAAGAGUACAGAGAGAAACCUGUGAUUUCUAACUAACACUUGUGCAGUGUAAUUUCUCCCUGAAGAUGUCCGACAGCUGAAUACCAAAGGAAACAAAUGGUACUAAAAUAGAACAAUAGUUCAGUUUGAGGGAUGAACUCAUUUCUUUAUUUCAUUGACAAUAAUACAUUAAGAGUCAGUUUUGGCAAACUUUGGCAAAAAAAAAAAAGUCCUGUAAGGUGCAAUGAUAAAGUGGCAGACAGCAUAUCACACAUCGCAUAUUAAAGCAUGUGAGUCUAAUCUGGAAGUUAGUGUGAAAGAUGCAUCACUUUGUGCUAGUGUUGUACUCGAAAUCCGUCUUGGUCUCGUCUCAGAAUCAGAAGAAUUUUUAAUCUGUCUUGUCUCGGGUUUAGACUAGUUGGACUCCGGAAUUUAAAUCAAGACGACCACUGAUCGGUUAUUUCUUUACAUCAUCACUAUGAUUAGUUCGUUUAGUGUGGUGUUUUAUUACAACACUACUUUGUGCACACAGAUAAAUGUUUACACACACAGAUACACUUUGUCAGUAAAUGAGAACAUAAAGUCUGCAA